AUGCGUUACUGUGAUGCAACAUUUCUCACUGAGAGAUUCAAGGGAAUAUUGAUGGCUGCCACUGGUGUGAAUGGGAACCAAGGUUUUUUUCCUUUUGCGUAUGCUUUAGUUCCUGGAGAAGACAUUGAAGGGUGGGAGUGGAUUAUGGAAAACUUGAAGCAUUGUGUCGACUCUCGUCCAAUCACCUUUAUCACUGAUCGUCAUGAAGGGUUGAAGCAAAGUAUUCCCAAGUAUUUUCCCAACUCUUUUCAUAGUUACUGUUUCUAUCAUUUGAAGAAUAACUUCCCCAUCAAGAAAUCACAUGAGAAGUAUAAACAAGUUCAGGAUUUGUUCCAUAAAGCUGCAUACUGCUACAGUGUUUCCAAAUAUGAGGCAACUUUGAAUGAGAUGUGCAUCAUAGGAUGUGUUUGGGUUGCCAAGUACAUCAGAAGUAUCGAUCCUAAGCACUGGGAAAAUGCUUUCUUCUUAGGAUGUAGGUAUGGGACACACUCAUCAAGUAUUGCAGAGUCUUUCAAUAAAUGGAUUCAUCGUGAAAGGGAUCUGCCUCCAGCUGCUCUUGUUGAUGAGAUGAGGAUAAAGAUUAUGAGGAUGAGUGCAGAAAGGCGUGAGCUCGGGCGUCCAUGGGAUGUUACGGAGUCAGGUAAUGGUAUAUAUGAGGUUCACUCUCCUAGCUCUCAUGUUGUUGAUCUGAUGCAGAUGACGUGCACUUGCCAGAGAUGGAAAGUGUUUGGUUUCCCCUGUGCUCACGCCACUGCUGCUAUUACUAUGAGUGGUAUUGAGAUGUUGAGGUUUAUCCAGCCUUACUUUGGUUCGAAUCAUUUUCGCCACACGUAUACUCCUGCAAUUCGACCCAUUCCAAAAUAUGACAGGCCAGAAGCGUAUGAGCCUGAAGAGAGAGUCCUACCUGGUAUUCCAAGGCCACCUUCAGGAAGACCACCAAAGAAGCGCAUUCGUAGUGCUUAUGAGAAGGAGAGGAGGCCUAUGAAGUGCUCAAACUGCAAAAAUAUUGGGACCACAACAAAGCUACCUGUCAUGUAUUCCGAGUUGCCAAAUUCACUCCAACUCUCUUCAUCUCCUGAUGCAGUAAGAAGUUUGUAUGCCAUCCCAACUCUCUUGCUUGCAUCUUCUCUAUCAUGUCAGCUUUCUUCAUCACACUCUGCACUUGUUUGUGGUUGGCUUGACACUUCUCUUGAUCCAAUAGCAGGUGUACAACAUGCAAUCUGGAAAUGCUCCUUGAUCUGGCACUCCUGGCAGAUUUUCAAAGUGGACGUUGUUGCAUCUCACCGCACCAUGAACUUGUAG